AGGGCAAAGCGAGAAGAGAUCACGCUGGUAGGGAAAUUGACGCACUUAUUAGUUUAUCGAUUUACCGCUAGAUGUAGAGCUGUGAGUAGAUACAUUGUGUAUAGUGUCGAGUUAUAAUACACACAGUUAAAUUGUUUACGAAAUCUGUGCGGUUGUUUCGAAGAUAUUAAAGAAUUAGUGGCAUUCAUCGUACUGGAAAGAUGGCCGUGCUACGUGGAUAGGAUAGACAACGCGGUUGAGUCAUGCCAAACGUUUAUAUAAGGCGAACUAACCGUGCUUCUUGGACACAAGAAGAUCUUCAAAAGGCUGCUGAGGAUGUUUUACAAAAUGGACUAUCGACUCGAGUUGCAGGGAAAAAAUACAAUAUCCCCGAAAAAACGCUCAGAUUCCGUAUUAAAAAAAAUGAUUUUAUCAAGGGAAAGAUUGGACCAUCUCAUCACUUAGGUAGCGACGCAGAAAAAAAAUUAGUUAAACACAUAUUGGGGCUUCAGUCAGUUGGCUUUACACCAACACGAAGGGAUGUACGUGAGAUGGCUUUUAAUAUGGUUGAUAUGUUGAAUAUAAAACAGAUUUUCAAUACAGAAACAAAAAUGGCAGGAAAAUUUUGGCUAUUAUCAUUUUUGCGAAGAUAUCCAGAACUGAGCAUUAAAAAAGUCGAAGGUCUUUCAAGAGUUAUGAUUGAAGAAAUGAACAAGGCCGAAGUUUCUGAAUACUUCAAACUGUUAACUAAGAUCUUAAUAGAAAACGAUCUAUUAGAUAAGCCUGGAAGAAUUUGGAAUGCAGAUGAAAGCGAUAUACAAAUGAAUAAUGUUCUAGGAGAAGUAGCAGCAAAAGGAAGUAAAGAUGUAAACGUAGUAACUUCAUCAGAAAUAGGAGAAAUAAUUACGAUAGUUGCUUGUUGCAAUGCCGAAGGUCAAUUUUUACCUCCGUAUUACAUCAUGAAAGGAAAAUAUAAACCUCAAUAUGAAAAAGGUUUAUCACCAGGAACAGUAAUUAAAAUGAGAUCCGAGAAUGCAUACAUAAAUAGUGAUUUGUUUAUGGAUUGGUUAGUUAACCAUUUCAUACCACGUAAACCAGCAGGAAAGAAUCUGCUCAUCGUUGACGGACAUGCUUCGCAUAUGACAAAUGCGAAAGUAUUAGAAACAACUAAAGAUAAUAAUAUUGUACUUUUGUGUUUGCCAAGCCAUGCUACUCAUUAUUUACAACCAUUGGACCGGGUGGUUUUCAAACUAUUCAAAACAUAUUUCAGAGAUGCAUGUGCAAAAUAUUUCAGACUUGGUAAAAGUAUGAGAAGGAUCCCAAGAGAAUUUAGUACCUUAUUAAACUCUGCAUGGACUCAAUCUGCAACUGUCCAAACAGGAAUUGCGGCAUUCAGAGCAACAGGGAUUUAUCCCCUUAAUGAGGAUGUCAUUCGUGCCUACUUAUUAGAUUGCGACCACCAUAGCACAAAUCCUACUGCUGAAACAGAUGAAUUUAAUCAAACUGAAAAAAUGUCUACUUCUGGAUAUAUCGCAGAUAUAUCGCAGCCUAGCUGUAACUCACAGUACAAAGAUCCACAGAUGUUUAUACCAGCCAUAGUCUUCAACACUGUUCAUCCAAUACCUAGCUGUAGCUCACAGUAUGAAGAACACCAGAUGUUUACACCAACCAAAGUCUUCAACACUGUUCAUCCGAUACCUAGCUGUAGCUCACAGUACGAAGAACCACAGAUGUUUACACCAACCAAAGUCUUCAACACUGUUCAUCCGAUACCUAGCUGUAGCUCACAGUACGAAGAACCACAGAUGUUAACACCAACCAAGUAUGCUAUAGUAGCCUUCACGGAAGAAGAAGAAGGAGAAACAAUUGCAGUGAUUCCUGUUAAAUGGAUUGAUAGGCCUGAUAACAAAAUUACUGAAAUGUUCUGGCCUCCAAAAAGCUGGCCAGAAAAAGGGUCGAGAUCUGUACACAUAAAGAAAGCUGUAAAACAAUGUAUAGAGCCUGACAUUCAUUGGCCUCUUCUUAAAGCAUCAGUUCUUCACUUAUAUAAUGAGUAUGAUGAUGCAGUUAGAGGUUUGAAGAAAGCUAAAGAUGACACAUCACUUGAAACGGAUUCAGAUAACGCUCCACGAAGGAGGAAGCCACCAACACGGUAUAAGGACUUUUAUGAACACUUUUAUGAAUACAACGAAGAUGAGGAGGGCAAUAUAUCGCCUCGAAAAGAAAAAGGUUCUCGCAAGAGAAAAGUUAGAAAGCUUAGCGAAAAUGAAGAUGAAAGUUCGAACAAGACUUCGCCUCAAAUAAACUUUGAUAUUUCAAAUGUAAUUAAAAACUAUAGUAUUCAUAUAGUAGAUGAAGUACAAGAUAAAGAGAGCGAGAAACCGCUUAGAGAGCAACCUCCCAAGAACGAUGCCAGGCUCAGAGUCCUUCAGGAGUUCCAAGAGAAUUUCAGUAAAGACAGUGAGCAAAAGCAAAGGCAACUGCAAACGGUUCAUGGUGGCCAAUUGCAAAGUAAUAUUAGUAAGAACCAGAAUACAACAACAACUUUGAACAGUGAAAUUUCCUCAGUUCUUUCUCCCAAGGACGAAGAGACAAGUAACACAAUUUCUGAAAUUCUCAAUACUUCUUCCGUUACCUCAGCAUCGUCUGAUUGUGUAUCAGGUAAUAACGCUCCUCAAGACACUCAAUUUUCAUCCUCAAUGCGGAUAAAUAGUUUUGAUAAAGGAUCUUCAAGUUCGUUCCAAAAUCCGUCAUGUUCAUCGGUACAGACCAUUACUUCUAGUCCAAGCUUUGAAGAACAGUUUUAUUCAUCAUUGAAAGUAGAGCCUGAUGAAAAUGAAACUCAUUCGACUAAUGAUAUAGAUGAGGAAGAGACAAAGAUACAAAUGGAGUCUCAAUGCUCCAUUAAUUUGAAAAAUGAAGAUGAUUGUGAAUGCAAACAUUGUCACAGUGAAAUUAAACAGAACAACGCAAUACUUCAGGAAAUAAACAAAAAGUUGGAUUUAAUGCUAAUGAACCAGGCAAUAAUUCUUCGGUCUGUCAAUCCAGAUUACGCUACAUCCAUGGUAGCUCCUAAUAUUCCACUUAUUCCACUGAACACAAAGGAGGACUUUCAAAAGAUGGAAAAAUUUGUGGCAGCUAAUCCUAUUAAUUAUGAAACUGUACGAGAUUUGCUUUAUUCUAAAUGCGCCAGUGCUUUUGGCGCAUCAUGUGUUCCCUCAGAACGCACCAUUACAGGGAACAUUUUAUCCAAGUUGAUUUCAAACGGUCUUGCCAAAUUGAUAAGUUGGAGUGGGUCGGAAGGUGAUAAAAUCAAAUUCUCUGAUACAAAACUGUGUGAGGUUGUAUUUGGUGCAGUAAAACAACGAUUUCCUGAUAGCUUUCUUACUGAUGCUGAAGCCAAAAUCAAACGUUGGUUUCAGACUGCUAAUGGAAGGAGAGUUCCUUCUGUUACUGAUGUUUAAAAUAUAUUAGCUUUUCAUUACCUAUAUUUUGAUUGCACAGUUAUUGCUGUUUUGUCUGUAUAUUUGUACUCCUUGACAGAGCUGAGCAGCUUAGGAUUAGAGAGACUUUCAUAAUUUGUUAUAUGGAUAUUUUACGCAAUAUACGUAAUAGUUUAUUUUUA